AUGGCUAUGGACGCAAAGGAAAUCGAACUCAAGGCCAAGGCCUUGACUAAGGCGGCCACCUCGAACGAGCCCGCAUCCAGCAUCGUCGGGCUGCUCAAGGAGCUGCAGAAUGGCGUGAAGGCGACCGAAGACCUGCUGCGCUCCACCCGCGUCGGUAUCAUCGUCAACAAGUUCAAGCAGCAUAAGUCGCCCGAAGUCGCCCGCCUAUCCAGCGAGAUCGUCUCCAAGUGGCGCAACGAGGUCAACAAACAGAAGGUUGGCGCGUCGCCGGGCGCCAGCCAGCGAGCGAGCAGCUCGCCACGCCCCGCACCGAACGGAACCGCCUCGCCCGCGGGCUCGACGCCCACCGACAAGUCGUCCAAGCUGUCCGUGCCGCCGGACCGCCGCUCGUGGAAGGCCGACGGGGUGGAUACCAGCCAGACGGGAAGCAAGAUCCGGGACAGCUGCAUCGGUUUGGUGUAUGACGGGCUGGCGCUGAACUCGACGGAGCCGCCGCGCGCCGUGCUGUCCAAGGCCGUGGCCGUGGAGGCGGCGGCGCACGCUGCCUUCGGCCCUGAGACCAAGGAGCAGUACCGCACCAAGAUUCGCAGCCUGUUCCAGAACCUGAAGAACAAGUCCAACCCGACGCUGCGGGUGCGUGUGCUCAGCAGCGAGGUGACGCCCGAGCGCUUCGUCAAGAUGACGCACGACGAACUCCGAUCGGACGAGCAGCGUGAGAAGGACCGUCGCAUCGAGAAGGAGAACAUGGACAAGGCCAUGGUGGCGCAGGGUGAGCGCAGCAUCAGUACCAGUCUGCAGUGCGGAAAGUGUGGACAGCGCAAGGUCACAUACACGGAGGCGCAGACUCGCAGUGCAGAUGAACCGAUGACGUUGUUCUGUACAUGUUUGAAUUGCGGAAAGUCAUGGAAGCAGUGA